AGGUAGCGAGCAUUUCAUCGCGAACGACUAGCAUCCUACGAGUGAGAGCGGGAGGACACCAUGACGACGAGGUGACGGCAAGAGCGUCCUCUAGCAGCGACAAGGGAGGGAUUAGGAGGCGGACAGCGAUGGCGGAUAGGAUACACACUCCUCAGUGGCUGCUUGCUGGAGCAGCGAGGAUGCUGUUGAUCGUGUACGGCAUGUGGCAGGACGAGAGCAUGGCGGUCAAGUAUACGGACGCAGACUACCAGGUGUUCUCUGACGCUGCCAGGAUGAUGGCGAUGGGAGAUUCUCCCUUUGAGCGCGCGACGUACCGCUACUCGCCCUCCAUCGCCAUGCUGCUGCUGCCCAACGUGUGGGUGGGGAAGUUGUGGGGGAAGCUGCUGUUUGCGAGCACGGACCUGCUGGUGGGAUGUCUUCUUGCCAGGAUCCUGAUGGCGCAGAAGACAGACAAGCAGCAGCUCGCAUUCCUGGUCAACCUCUGGAUCCUAAACCCGAUCGUCGUCAACGUGUCUACUCGAGGCAACGCUGAAGCUCUCGUGAGCCUCGUCGUCAUGGCCACGAUCUUAGCGGUGGUUCAAGACCGACCGGUCCUAGCUGGGCUUUUCCUGGGGCUUGCCGUGCACGUCAAAGUCUAUCCGAUCAUCUACUCGCUUCCGCUCUACUUGUCAUUCUGCCGGGAGAUCAGGCGCGUCUCCUUCUUCUCCGACUUCUUCAACAAGCGCAGCCUUCAGUUCGCCUUCUCUGCAAUCCUCUCCUUCUCGGUCCUCACCGGCGCUUUCUUCGUCAUGUACGGCCAUCGCUUCCUCCACGAGGCGUACAUCUACCAUGUCUUCCGCGUCGACCACAGGCACAACUUCUCCCUCUACUUCUACCAGAUGUACUUGUCCAUGGAUACCUCUGCUCGGCUCGUCGGUCUCGUCGCCUUCGCCCCUCAGGUUGUCAUCCUGAUAGCCAUCUCGCUGAGGUACGGAAGGAGGAACAAGAUCGGCCUUUGCAUCUGCUGCCAAACUAUCGCCUUCGUCGCCUUCAACAAGGUCUUCACCGUCCAGUACCUUGUCUGGUAUUUCGCGCUGCUGCCCCUCGCGUUUGCCUCGGGCUUCCGGGUUGGCUACAGGUCAGGAUAGGGAAAGAGGGAGGAGGAAAGAGGAGAUGAGAAGUUUGCGGGCAGGAUGCACCUGGUAACUACUUCUCUGCUGGUGGGUGGGAUGGGCAUGUGGCUGGGGUUCGCGUACCAGCUGGAGUUUCUUGGGAAGCCGAUGUGGUUGACACUCGUAACGGCAAGCGCUCUCAUGUUUGCAGGUCACAUGAGCUUGUUU